UGGAAGAUUUUCAUGACUGUGAUGACUGAAAAUCUCAAAAAGUGCCAGAAAUUACGUCAUCAGCAACAGGUAAUUAUAAAUCAUGGCUGAUAAUGAUGAUUUGUUGGAUUAUGAAGAUGAAGAACAGACAGAGCAACCUAUUGUUGAAGGUUCAGGAGAUACAGCUCCCCGUAAAGAUGUGAAAGGAGCUUAUGUAUCGAUACAUAGUUCUGGUUUUAGAGAUUUCCUUUUAAAGCCUGAAAUUUUAAGAGCAAUAGUUGAUUGCGGCUUUGAACAUCCUUCUGAAGUGCAACAUGAGUGUAUACCGCAAGCAGUUCUUGGUAUGGAUAUACUUUGUCAAGCGAAGUCUGGAAUGGGUAAAACAGCUGUAUUUGUGUUAGCUACCCUUCAACAAAUGGAGUUGACUGAAAAUCAAGUAACAGUUUUGGUUAUGUGUCAUACCAGAGAAUUAGCAUUUCAAAUAAGCAAAGAAUACGAACGAUUUUCUAAAUAUAUGCCAAACAUCAAGGUUGCUGUAUUUUUUGGUGGUUUACCUAUCCAGAAGGAUGAAGAAGUCUUAAAAAAUAAUUGUCCUCAUAUUGUAGUUGGUACACCAGGACGUAUUUUAGCUUUAGUGAAGAAUAAAAAACUAAAUUUGAAAAACCUGAAACAUUUUGUGCUAGAUGAAUGUGACAAGAUGCUUGAGCAGUUAGACAUGAGGCGUGAUGUUCAAGAAAUUUUUAGGAAUACCCCUCAUAGUAAACAAGUUAUGAUGUUUAGUGCCACACUAAGUAAAGAUAUAAGGCCAGUUUGUAAGAAAUUUAUGCAAGAUCCGAUGGAAGUGUAUGUUGAUGAUGAAGCAAAGCUAACCCUACACGGGCUUCAGCAACACUAUGUUAAGCUAAAAGAAAAUGAAAAAAACAAGAAAUUAUUUGAUUUACUUGACAUCUUAGAGUUUAAUCAGGUUGUAAUAUUUGUAAAAUCAGUUCAGAGAUGUAUGGCUUUGGCUCAACUGUUAUGUGACCAGAAUUUCCCAGCUGUAGCUAUUCAUAGAGCUAUGAGUCAAGAAGAGAGACUUGCUAAGUACCAAGAAUUCAAAGACUUCCAAAAGAGAAUACUUGUUGCUACCAAUUUGUUUGGAAGAGGAAUGGAUAUUGAAAGAGUUAAUAUUGUAUUUAACUAUGAUAUGCCUGAAGAUUCAGACACUUACCUUCAUAGAGUAGCGAGAGCAGGACGUUUUGGAACUAAGGGUCUGGCAAUCACAUUUGCUAGUGAUGAGGCAGAUGCUAAAGUUCUAAAUAAUGUUCAAGAUAGAUUUGAUGUUAAUAUUACUGAGUUACCUGAUGAGAUUGACCUUUCAUCUUAUAUUGAUGGACGAUAACCAAUACCAUAUUGAGGUAUUUCCACUUCAGUGUAUUUUAUUUUACUUAAGAUUAAUUGUGCGUGUCAGUGAUUUUCAAGGACUCAGUUGUAUGUUGUAUGCUUUCAUUUUUGUAAUAGAUCUUCUGAAGAACAGAUUAUGGUUAUUCAUAAAAUAAAUUCAUUUUUAAUAUUGUAAACAAAAUCAAGAAAUAGAUUGUCUAGAUCUUAUAUUCCUUUUGUACAUUAAUUUUUAACUGUUAUAAAAGUUAUCUUUUUAGUUAAAAAUAAAUGGUGAUAAAGAGAAUGAUGUCUACUUUGAAAUAGUUCUAAGAACAGUGUAGAAAGUUAUUUGUCCUUGAGGUAAUUUUGUUCCAUGAACAAUGUCUUUUUAUAAUAAAUAUUUUUAAUUUAAUCCUGUAA